CGGCAGCAGACCUCUCCAGUGUUAAAUACCGUAAGCUUGACGUCGAAAACAAAAGGAGAAAAAGAUUAAGUUUUUUAAGUUUUUAAGCAAUAAGAGAGUUAAACUUGCCAACUAAUUUGCUGCCUUCUAACAUCAUUGUGUGUACCAUCGCCUCAAGGCGCUUUAAUCGGCUCGAGCUUAAAUCACCGAAUUUUACUCUAUUUCUCUGGACAAAAAGAGACACAAAAAAAGUUCAUUUGAGUUCAAUCAACUUCAAGGCCAAAUGGAGUCGGAUACAACGGAAAAAGAAAGCCCUAAAACGAUGGAGGGAAGUGAAAGUGCAGAUGGCGGCGGAGAAGGAGCUGAAGCGGAAAAGUCAGGUGAGGCUGAGGUAGCGGCACCGCCAACAAAGAGAAAAAAAUUGCUAGACGAUGAUGAGAAGAAGAAUGCCGCCGACGGUAAUGAUGAUGCUAAGGAGGAGGAUGAUGAUGAUGAUGAUGAUGAUAAUGAUAAUGAGGAGAGUACUGAUCCAGAGGAUGAAGAAGAAGUGCCCCAAUUGGUGCAAAGCACACAAAGCAGUCUGAGAUCCUUUCAAAGGAUACCCGUUUUCAUAGUGGAUUAUCACAAUGAUGUGAUGGAGUUUAUAUACCGAUGUCUGGGCACACGACAUUUGCCGCUGGAGAAUAAUCUAUUGGUGCACUUUGAUUCGCAUCCCGAUUUGGUAAUAGCCAGAGAUAUACCGGCUAGUGCAUCCUACGAUAAGGACACUAUGCUAAAUGAGUUGAGCAUAGAGAAUUGGAUUAUGCCGAUGCUAUAUGCUGGACACUUUAAUCGUUUGGUAUGGCUUAAGAAUUCGUGGUGCCAGCAGAUACCCACGGGCAAACAUCAAUUUCAUAUUGGCCACAAGGAUGAUCGCAUUGGUGUGGACUGUCCAUUGGAUUACUUUAUAGCCGAUGGCAACUACUGCCACAGCGAUGAGUUGCAAGAAUCUCGUCAAAUUGAACUACAAGUUCAUGAUGCCGACUCCCCGGACUUGAAUCCAUCUGUGUUUAUGUCAUCAAAGGAUGACCUACGCUUCAUUUUAGAUAUAGAUUUAGAUUUCUUUAGCACUUCGAAUCCAUUUCUUGAGAUCUACAAAGAUGCCGAUUGCUAUAAUCAGCUCAAGGAGAUAUUCCACUUUGAUAGUGUGGAGUCCUUGAAAAAGGCCGGCAUCACGGACUAUUCGGCCACAGCGGCGAGGCGAAAGAAACAAUUGGAGGCCCUCAAGCUAAUUUUUUGGCAUCUCGAGGAGAAGCGUAACUUUGAGGGCCUUGCCAAGCCCGACGAGACGGUCAUAACGCCGCAAAUCUAUUCCAAAAUUCUCAAUUUGGCCGAGCAACUGCAAUCCAAAUAUACGGAUGAUGAAAUUGAUUGGCUAUUGAUCUUCGAUUCGGGUAGCACAACGGACAACAAUGGCUUGCCUCAUCACAUAAGCACGGACAAGGAGCUUAAGGAAUAUUUUGCCAAUUUCAAAACAUUUCUGGAACGUCUGCCCUGUCCACCUGUAGCCAUAACUAUGGCCCAUUCGGCCCAGGAUGACUAUUGUCCACAGGACCAGGUGGCCUAUAUUGAGGACCAGGUCCUGAAAUUGUUACGCGAGGUCUUUGGUGAUCGUCUUCAUGAGAAGGCCAUCUUACAUUAUAUGGAUGAUCCGUGGGAUGUGAUGAAACUCUAAAUGAGUCAAAAACAACAAUUAAGUCUGCGAAAGCUCCCAAAAUUUUCUUUCAUGGUGAUUUCCAAUAUACACAUAUACAAUUUAGCGAGACAGAGCGAGAAAGAAAACCAAUGGGAGAGAGAGAGAGAAAGCUAGAGACCGAAAGCGAGAGAGAGAGCAACAUAAGCAAAAUAUUAAAAUAUGAAACUCAUAUAAAAAUCACAUUUAUAAUUUUUAUCAUCUCCAAUUAUACGAUACGUAUUAUAUGAACAUAUAAAACACAAUUAAAAAAUCAUGAUAAAUUAAAAUCAA